CAUUGCUGGGGUUGCUACUGCCGCUAUCAAAAUCUCUGUGACGAUGAAUGACAUCGCCGACGAACUAGGCUCAGCUGGUCGUGACGUGCGGUAUAUCAGCAACGAGAUGGCUUCUUUCUCACAGGUCCUUCGAUUGGUGCAUUCGAGCUUGGAAGACUCCACCAAACUCGUCGGAUCCUCCAUCAUCCAAAGUGCCGUCGACACGCUUCCGCAACUGGUCGAGCAAUGUGGCAUGGUGCACGAAGAAGCAAAUGGCCUCAUGCUCUCGCUGAAGCCGCAGUCGGGGAAGGAUUCAUCCCUCCCAUUUAUCAAACGAGUUCGGUUCCUUUUCCAGAAGAGUAGAAUGACCGUUUUACGGAGCUUAUUAGACUCCUCUAAGAGCACUUUAAAUUUACUUCUGGUGACAUUGAACAUUGAAAUGGCAAAGAUGAAGAAUCCAAACAAGGCACUAAUGGAUCAGCUCCAAUCAGAACGAAGGGCGUUCAUCAAGGUAGUCGCGUCACAAACUAAAGCAUUAGAUGAAGCAUUGAAGGAGGUGGAGAAAGCAAAGAAAGAGACAGCAAAAUUGAAGGUAAAAGCCGACAAGGAGAAGCAGAAGCAGGAUGAACUCGCUAGAAAAGCGAGCGUCAAGAACGGUCCCAUCGCCGAAGAUGCCUCUCAUCUGAGUCCGCCUCCGAUAUAUUCUCUUCCCGCACCUUCAGUGACACAAUUCGUAUAUACGCCCCCAGAGAUUACGAUGGCUCCCCAAACGGCGGUCAUGACUCUGGCCUUGAGCCUGGAGGCACCCAAACCAGCAGAAAGUCCUUCUGACCAAACCAAACAAACGCCAGCAUCAACAGGAGAUGCAUCCUCGCCACCUCCAGAUUACUUUGAUUUCAAUGCGCCUCCAAGCUUUGGGAUGCCACCACCUCCGUACAUCAACAUGCAACCACCUUCCAACCCUCCUAAUAAGCCAGAGCCCAACAAACGAGUGUUCUCCGAUCCUGGACCCGGGGUGCAGAACCAAUUUUCAAACGGGAACCUUCGUCCUGACAACCCCAUCCGGGAACGCUCUCGAUCACCAUAUGGAUCCUCGCGGAAACCACAAGAAGAUCCGCUCAACGUGCCACGCAAACGACCAUCUCAAAAUUUCCAACCUGAGCCGCCCCCCUUACCACGACGCCCAGUGCCGCCAUCUCCUUCAACUCCACCACAAAAUGGAACCUCACCCAACACCAAGCCUCAGACCUACAAAGCAUACCGUCCUCCACCGCCACCACCCCCGCCAGAACCCCCUAAACCAUACCAAUCAUCCACACCGAGGAAUGAUAUCCCACCGCCGCCCUGCCCACUACACGGGAAGAAAUACAUAUCUCUCCAAGCCUACUCACCCCACGACCCAGGCCACCUGUCUCUCCCCAUCUUCUCGACUCUAGUCGACGUCGUUUCCAACACCCCGUCCUCCUCCUCCUUCUCCAGUGACCUCCCCUACCCUACCGCAUUCGACUCUUCAUCAUCAGUUACGAAACAUUAUUGGCAGGCGUCGUUGGGGAAUAGGAGGGGACCUAGGGGAUUGCUGCCCUGUGAUAUCGUGUGCGAGAUUGAUGAUCAGAGGGUGGGGAGUACGCUGAGGGAGAAUUGGUUUGCGGGGCAGACGCAGCUGGUGGCGGAUGGGGAGGGUAGGGUUUGGGUUGGUCCGGUUGGGGUGUAGGGGUUCUAUUCGCCUUUUGUCUAAUGGAGACGGUGAUUCGUGUAGUGGUAUGGAGUGAGGGCGGAUGAGAUUGAGGGAAUUUCUUUCCUCACUGUAGGUGUCUAGUGGUAAUGAUGUUGGUUGAUAUUUUGGAUAAAUUUCUUGCACCUUCAUGCGUUGAAGCUUCAUGAUAGGGUCGUAUAAUCUACAGCAACAUAUUUUUCAGUACGAGUGAGUGGGAGUUUUGACUUGACGAAGAAUCAUCACUUCCUAAAACUAUGGUCUUCAAGAGAGAUAAUAUAUACCAAUUUAUAUGGAAA